AUGGAGCUGAAAUUCACCCCUUUGAAGAAUGACCUGCUGCUCCGCGCCGCCCGAGGCGAGACCGUCGAGAGACCGCCCAUGUGGGUGAUGCGACAGGCUGGUCGCUAUCUUCCCGAGUACCACGAGGCCAAGGGCGGCCGCGACUUCUUCGAAACCUGCCGUGAUCCCGAAAUCGCAUCGACCCUAACCCUGCAGCCUGUCGAGCGCUACGCCGGCCUGCUUGAUGCCGCCAUUAUCUUCUCCGAUAUCCUCGUCAUCCCCCAGGCCAUGGGCAUGGUGGUAGAGAUGAUUGACAAGAAGGGGCCUCACUUCCCCGACCCGCUCAAGACGCCUGCUGACGAGCAGUACGCCGAGGUUCUGGCCCGUGAUGUGGACGUCGGCAAGGAACUCGGCUACGUUUACAAGGCCAUUACAUUGACUCGCAAGAAGCUCGACGGCCGCGUGCCCUUGAUUGGCUUCUGUGGCUCCCCUUGGACACUGUUCUGCUACAUGGUUGAGGGCGGUGGCACCAAGCUGUUUGCGCAGAGCAAGACUUGGGUCUACAGAUACCCCGAGGAGACCAAGAAGCUCCUCCACAAGAUCUCUGACAUUUGCGUCGACCACUUGGCCCUUCAAGUCCAAGCUGGUGCUCAGCUCGUUCAAGUCUUUGACUCCUGGGCUGGCGAGCUCGGCCCUGCCACCUUCAAGGAGUUCUCUGAGCCUUUCCUUGCCCACAUCGCCCAGAAGCUCCCUGAGAAGCUGCGUAGCAUGGGCCUGGACGUUGUCCCCAUGAUUGUGUUCCCCAAAGGCGCCUGGUUCGCUCUCGACUCCAUGUGCGAUAUCGGUUACGACGUUGUUGGCCUCGACUGGCUCUACGACCCUGCUGAUGCCGUCAAGGUCCGUGGUGACAGAAAGGUUACUCUGCAAGGCAACGCUGACCCAGGUUGCUUGUACGGUUCGAAGGAGGGUAUCACCAAGGCUGUUCAGACCAUGGUCGAUGGCUUCUGGAAGGGUCAGGGCAAGGGUUGGAUCGCCAACUUGGGCCACGGCAUUACCCCCGGCGUCGACCCUGAUAACUUGAAGCAUUUCUUUGAGGAGAUUCACCGCCUGACUAAGAACUAA